CUGAAUUGCAAAAGAGUUCUAUAGCCUGAAACGAUUGACAUUUCGUCUGCUCGUAAUGAGCUUAAUCUCUUCCAGUUUUAAGUUUUAUAUUAAGCAAUUUUUCCUGCAUGUUGGUGUGCACUGUAUAAUCUUGUUCUCGUCAGCGGAAUAUCAGGCAGGGAAAUGCUAUAGGCCAGGAUUUAACUAAUUUGUUAUCUGUCAAUGUCGUUAAAAGGCAAUUAGAAAAAGAAAAAUUACAGGGAUCGAAGGAAAACACAGAGGAAAAUAUCGUGUAAGUUACUAACUUCAUUUUAUAAAGUGCCACGGUAUGAAUACACAGAAACCAGUUAGAGAAAUUACACGAGCCUAUAGAAUUUUUCUCCGAUUAUGUUCUUGUGUUCGUUUUCUAGGUGGUACCGCUUCUUCAAAUGGCAAACACGACUAAGGAAAAUAUAGUCAAUAUCUCUACCAGCCCUCGAUCGAACUUUGACGUCGAUCCUUUGCUCGUUGCACAGUUAGUAAGCUUUGCAGUCAUCGUUCCUUUAAAUGUUUUGGGAAAUGUUUUAAUUUGCUGGAUUGAACUAUCGAGGAAAGUAGUCAGAAGCAGCAGCUUUUUCAUACUAAAUCUUGCCAUCAGUGAUUUAGCGGUGGGCCUCGUGAGUAUUCCACUCGACAUCACCGAGAUCCUCUCAGACCAGUGGCCCUUCUACGGUUUCGUGUGCAAGUUAGUCUACCCUUUCCAAACCGUUCUUAUGGCUGUGUCCGUCAUCACACUACUUUGCAUGGCUAUUGAACGUUACAGAGCAGUUGUUACACCUUUUAAGUGUAAGCCAACGAGCCGAUUUAUUAUUAAAGUCAUUGUCGUUGCAUGGGCAAUGAGCUUUCUACUGGUUACCCCGUAUACCCUAAUUUUGAAAAUGAAGAAUGGCAAGUGUGUAGAAGAUUGGCCAAGUCGAGAUCACGUCAGGAUCUACACCGUCAGUGUUUUCUCGGUUCUGUACCUUUUACCACUAACCCUCAUCACCAUCUUCUACACAAGAAUUGGUCUGUAUGUGCAGAUGGAGGCCCAGAGGUGGAAAUCAAUGGUAAGAUGUUAUGGUACUUCCAUACGUCAGGUGCGGGAAAUCGCACAAUCGCGGCACAGACAGAAUACGAAACUUAUAGCAGCAUUUAUAGCUGCAGUGAUGGUGUUUGCAGUAUGUCAGUUACCCACCCACGUCAUUUGGCUGUGGCAUGACUUCGACACUAAAAGCGAAGGGGAACGUUUAGAUGUUGUGAUGCCAUUCUGCCACAUUCUAACAUAUUUAAAUAGUGCCAUUGAUCCAUUUAUCUUUGGAAGCCUUAAUGCUCAGUUGUUACGAAAGAAAGUAAGAUCAAUGUUUAACUUUCAAUGUUCGAAAAAACACAGCAUCAGUUGUCUCGCCUCAGGUAAUAGUAAAUACAGUAAAGGACGGAAAGAGUCAUCAUCGAGUGCUGAGACUGAGAUGCAAAGACUGGAGAACGACAUAAAGGAGACCAAUGUUUAGUGUAAGUGGUUAGUAGUUCCCCCUUUUUAUGAAUACUAAUCAAUCUUCACUUGUAAUCAGCAUGUACCUGUUGGCUAAAAGCGGUUGCAGAGGGGAAAAAACCGCGAAGACGGCAAUACUUUUUAAGCUACUCCGGAAUAUUGUGUUACCUCCAUUGUGGAAGGACUUUGAAGAACUGAAAAGUUCUAACUCAACUAUUUCUUAAAUAAAGGCAUCAUCUUCAGGCUUC